AUGGCCGCCAUGUCCAGUGCAACAACCGCACCUCCCACGAACAACGUGCUAGAUCCAGCGCUGACCGAAGAUGAGAAAUCACAGAGAAGCUUUGAGACACCCAGCGACUCGAACCAAGCACACUCAGAUGUUGAAAAUGGUCGCAGCAACAACGAAACUCUCCCAACCACCAAGGAAAACUACCUAGUCGAGUUCGAAGGACCAAACGACACCGGGAACCCAAAGAAUUGGACUACGAAGCGGAGAUGGGCUAUCACGAUAUCCAUGGGUCUUCUGGUUUUCACCGUCACCUUCGCCAGCUCGAUCUUUAGUGUCAACAUUGGAGUCGUACAAGAAAAGUUUGACGUCAAGCUCGUCACAGCAACUCUUGGUGUCGCACUGUUCGUGCUCGGAUUCGUAUUUGGACCCAUCGCUUUUGGACCCAUGUCUGAAGUCCUUGGACGCAAGAUACCCCUCUUCUUCGGCUUCGCCCUGUUCGCCAUCUUCCAAAUACCUGUAGCUCUUGCGCAAAAUAUCACGACUAUAUGCGUCGGAAGGUUUCUGGGUGGUUUCUUCGCGUCCGCACCCCUAGCCGUCGUCGGAGGAGCCCUUGCCGAUCUCUGGGACCCCAUACCCAGAUCCUACGCGAUCUGCGUAUUUGCAGCGGGUGGAUUUGCUGGACCAGUGGCAGGCCCCAUUGCGGGCGGCUUCAUAACAGAAUCGCACCUGGGCUGGCGAUGGACUUCAUGGAUCACUCUCAUCAUGGCUGCCUUUCUCGGAACAAUAGGUCUGUUUGUGAUACCAGAGACUUCUGGAGCCAGGAUCUUGCAACUACGCGCAGCGAAACUACGCAAAGAGACGGGGAACUCUCAAUACUAUUCGAAAGCAGACCAAAACAAGCUGACGAUACAUAACGUGGUCAAUGUUUAUCUGCUUAGACCCUUCAUCAUGUUCUCCCAAGAGCCAAUCUUAGCCCUCAUCACCGCAUACAUGAGCUUCUUGUAUGGUAUUGUGUAUCUUCUCUUCGAGGCUGUAUGUCAACUAUCACUGAAUAACAUGGCCGUACUGACAAUGAUGCAGUUUCCAGUAUCUUUCUACGAAGAGCGUGGCUGGUCCCUGGGAGUCUCUCAAUUACCGUUCGCAUCCUUCAUUGUCGGCAUCAUCAUGGGUGCUGGCUUAAUCGCCUACAGUACCUCCACCAACUUUACACGCGCCUAUGUCAAAUAUGGCAAAACCAUACCCGAGGAGCGCCUACCACCUAUGAUUGUUGGAGCCAUUGCACUUCCAGUCGGUCUGUUCUGGUUCGCAUGGACUAGUAACCCGAACAUUUCAUGGGUUCCCCAGGUGCUAUCUAUCGCCCUUAUCGGAUUGGGAUGUAUGGUGCCUUUCUGGCAAGGCAUGAGCUAUCUCAUCGACUGCUAUGGCUUCUACUCCAACAGCGCCAUCGCUGUAAACACCUUCAUACGAUCUUUCUUUGGCGCAUUCUUCCCUUUGUUCACACAUACAAUGUACCAUACCUUGGGCGUUCCAUGGGCCUCAAGUCUGCUCGGAUUCAUUUGCGUUGUCUUCCUUCCAGUACCUGUUCUGUUCUACAUAUACGGUGCUAAGAUCAGAGCUAAGAGCAAAUGGGCCCCAACGGCGCCAUGA